AUGCGGAUCGUCGUCGUCGUCGUCGUCGUCGCAAUCGGUCGCGCCAUCGGCAUGCGCGUCCAUCGGACGUGGACGACGCAGCCGUGGUGCGACAGCGUCGCCGCCCCUCGAUGGCCCUUCGCGUACCAAAAGACGCGAUCCCAGACGCUCGAGUUUGCCGGUCGCGUCAACUCGAACGCGCAGGAUCUGCGCCAUGCGUGCUCGACCUUUGGCGUCCAGAGCAAGUGCCACCUCUGCUCCAACGACCGCAUGCAGCUCCAAGGCGUCAGCUGGGCGGCGCUGCCGGCGAACAUCCCGACGGUCACGGACGUGCCGUGGGCCAUCGGCGGGCGGCAUCGGUACGACUAUGGCGGCGCCACCCGCAUCUGCGUGCUCUUGUCCGGCGACAGCUGCCUCUCGCCGUUCGGAGUCGACUAUGCCAACUGCUCGGUGCGCUGCUGGGGCGCCGGGCCCGUGACGCGCGUGGCCGAUUGGGACAAUGUGUCUGAGUUGUGGAGCUUUGCUACGACGGCGUCGGCGCAAGGUCGCGUCUUUAGCCUCGCGGGCGUCGGCACGCCGGGCUUUCAGGAUGGGCCUGCGGCGACUGCGCAGUUUGCCUACCCCCGCGGCCUCGCGGUCGACGCAGCCAACAACGUGUACGUCGCCGACACCAACAACCACCGCAUUCGCAAGAUUGCCGCCGGGACGCAAGUCGUAUCGACGGUCGCCGGCGCCGGCGUUGAAGGCUUUGCCGACGGCCCGGCGUUGAGCGCGACGUUCUCGUUUCCGUCGGGCGUCGCCGUCUUGGAGACAGGGAGCAGCACGCUACUGUACAUCGCCGACACGGGCAACCACCGCAUCCGCCUCGUCAAUCUCGCGACCAAUCUCGUGAGCUGCGUCGCCGGGCGGUGUCUCGGCGGCACUGAAACUGCGACGCUGGCGACGGCCGCCGCGCCGCCACAACCCGGUCUCGCAGACGGCUCGCCCGGCAACGCGUCGUUCAACACACCCAUGGGCGUCGCCGUGGCGUCGUCCGGCAUCGUGUUUGUCGCGGACACGGGCAACCACAUCAUUCGGGCCAUCAGUGUCGACGGCACGACGACGACGCUCGCUGGCAACGUGUUGGCGCAGACGACGCCGAUCCUCGGGUGUCCGCCGCCAUGCGUCCGCGGCGUCGCCGGCUUUCGCGACGGCAACGCCACGUACGCGCAGUUUAACCACCCGACCGGCAUUGCGAUGGGUCCGAUGAACACGGUGUUGGUUGCGGACGACCACCGCGUGCGCCGUGUUGCGUAUGACGUCAGUGACGUCACGGGUGUCGCCGGUGACAAGCGCGUCGUGACGGUCGCGGGCGCAGGCCCGUUUGCCUACGGCGAGACGGACGGGGACAGCAACGAGGCGUCGUUUCACGUCUCGGGCGUCGCCAUGAGUCCAGUGGACCAGCGGGUGUUUGCUGUCAGCUCCAUCUCCAACCACGUACGCAUGCUGUCGCAAGCCGCGUCCGUCGCCCGCAGCGUCGAGUGCUCGACGCGUGCGAGGGACGUGCUGAGUCCGUCGGGCUGUGCGUCGUACGAGCCGCCGACCGACGCGCUCCACUACAAGGUCUCCCCGGCCAUGAACAAUAUCUUCUACAAUGCGGUGAACCGAAGCGUCUUUAGCGUCAAAGCCGGCUUGAACAUCCUCGGGCGCACCGUGCAAGCGUGCGUCGGGUCGCCGCCCAUCGAUGCGCUCACGACCGGCGAUCUCUGCACCAAACUGUAUGACGCGGCCGGGGCGCCCAUCACGGCGAUCGGCCAAGACGUUGACUUUGGCAGCACGAUCCAAGUGGCGUGCCCCGCCAAUUGCAAUAGUCCAACACCGGUCUACGGCUCGCAGCGCUACACCGACGCGUCGUCCAUUUGCUAUGCUGCGAUCCACGCCGGCGUCAUCAAUGGCGCUACUGGCGGACUCGUCACGCUGACACUGCAGCCAAACACGCUCUUUGCCAACGCUUUGUACCGCACGGGGUCCUCGGCCAACGACGUCACGUCCCAAACCGUCGACCGCGACCAGCUUGGCGCGCGCUUCUUCUCCAUUGCUGUGACUCCCGUGACCCAUGUCAGCGUCCAAACCGUGGCCGGCCACCCAAAAGCCCUGCUCGAGUUCGCCGCCGGCUUUCGCGACGGCCAGCCUCCGUUGGCCGCGUUCUUUAACGGUCCAAGCGGCGUGGCCGUCGUUGCGCCGCCGUCUGCGACCAGCUAUCUGUAUGUUGCCGAUACGCUCAACCACCGCAUUCGCGCUCUCUCGGCCAUCUGCUCCAAGGUCUGUGAGAACGGCGGCGUGUGCUCGGCCAUGGAUGUCUGUACUUGCGCCGCCGGGUGGACCGGUGACGACUGCACGACGGCCCUCUGUGCGCAGCCGUGCGGCGCACGCGAGCUCUGCGUCGGGCCGAAUCAAUGCGCGUGCGUCCCCGGCUACACGGGCGCUGCUUGCACGACGCCGCUGUGCGUACAGUCGUGUGCCAACGGCGGGAGCUGCAGCGCACCCGACACGUGUGCGUGCGCCAAUGGCUGGUUUGACGCCAACUGCACGACGCCCGUGUGCGUGCAGACUUGCGGCAACGGCGGCAACUGCACUGCACCCAGCACGUGCAGCUGUCCGUCGCCGUGGCAAGGCACCGACUGCCGGACACCGGUAUGUACGCAAAGCUGCUUGAACGGGGGCACGUGCGUCGCGCCCAAUACGUGCCUCUGUCCUGUCGGCUGGAGUGGCCACGACUGCAGUCUCCCGGUUUGCGACCAAGGAAGCUUUGUGCCGCACCCCAACGCGUACUUGGGCGGUCUCUUCCGUCCGUUCAACUGGACCAUGUACGUGCCCUGCAGCUUUGAAGCGUGGUGCGCUGCGACCAACGGCUUUGACUGUGCCCAGCGACCAACGUCCGUCGUAUCCAACUGCAGCUUGCUCGAGCUGCGGGCGAAUGCGCUGAGUCCGUUCACGUACUUGCAAGAGCACAGUCGGAGUACGCUCUACCAGCGCUACUCGCCGCGCACACCGUACGGCCAAGACACGCUCAACCUCUCGUAUCCGGGUGCCCCCGUCCUGAGUCCCGGCUCGCUGACGACACCACCGUACACGGCCAGCGUCGACCGACAACUCGCACAAGUCGAGCUCCGCGUCGUCGUCCAAGGUGUUUACGUCUGUGCCAACAACGGCAACUGCUCCGCGCCCGGCAUCUGCGUCUGCGCACCGGGCUGGGCGGGGUUUGACUGCCGCGUGCCCGUCUGCCGACAAGGGUACUAUACACCGGCGCAACCGACACUGGUGGCGGCCGACCCGGUUGCCAGCGCAGCUUCCGGGCACCCAUCGUCGAAUGGCAACCCGACGUAUGUGCAAACAACGGAGGUACUGUCGUGGGACCAGUACACGGCAACGACAGCCACGGUCGGGGGCGUCGGCUUCUUGACCAGCGGCGGUCGGCAAGGCGGGUACGCGUGCUCGAUCCGGAGCCUGACGCAAUUCGAGAAGCCAUCGACGCCGACGUCGCGGGCGUACUACUGGGACUUCCCCAACUACUACUCGCUCUACAUGGACUCCCGCAUGUACUGGCCGCCUUUGUACGAAAAGUCGGCGCCAGUGUGGGACAACACGCAGAUGGGGUACACCCGCAACGGUAUUUGGCGCUAUCUGUCGCCGACCCAGUGGCAAAAAGGCACAUGCCUCGUCCAGUUCCAGCGCAGUUGCGACGCGGCGACCGUGUCGGUGGACCCGGACGCAAGCUACCGCCCGAUACUGCAGUACACUGCAAUCAAAGCGUCGCGCACCAUCACGAGCUAUGCAAACGAUUGCGUCGACCGAGUGCUUCGCGGCUGCUACAACAAUGGGACGUGCGUGGCCCCCGACACGUGCGUCUGUGCAGCUGGCUGGACGGGCACCGACUGCUCGGUGCCGAUCUGCGUGCCUGCCUGCGUCCACGGCACGUGCACCAACCCCAACCGGUGUGUGUGCGACUUGGGCUGGACCGGCGCCAGUUGCAACGUGGCCAUUUGCGCCCAAGACUGCCGCAACAAUGGGCUCUGUGUGGCGCCGGACACGUGCGCGUGUGUGACGUGGCCGUCGGGCUGGCGCGACGGCCGCCAGAACGGCGGACUUCCGAUCUUUGCGCUGCCGAGUGGGUCCCCGCAACGCACGGGGUGGACUGGUUACGACUGCAACACGCCCAUCUGCACACAGGCCGAAGCGUUCGUCUUGAACGUCGCGCGGUCGGACGCAAACUUUGUCGCGUUGCGAGGGAGCCUUGGCAAGGUCAACUGCACGCGCGUGCGGUGUCCGCAGUACGACGUCGAGGUGACUUCGAACGACGGCACGUCGUUUCAGUCGGGCUGCCCCGGUAUUCCGUAUGUCAACCCUACGUUUGGCGGAGACAAUGCGCUCCGGCAGCGCAACUGGGACGCGUACAACGACGUGCUCAACAACGGCCGGCAGUCGGCGUCGUCGCUCUGCCGCGUCAUGGCAUGGCAGCAAGGCGAGUUCUCCAACCGCCAAGUGCGCAUCAACCACGCAACGAGCGGGCAAGGCGAAGGCGUGUACGAGUGCUUCCACCGCGGCUCGUGCAUCGCGCCCGACACGUGCAGCUGCGGUGACGGCUACAGCGGCUUUGACUGCCAAACGCCGCUCUGCCGGUUUCCGACGCCGUCCGGGGCCGUCACUUCGUGCCAGCACAGCGGCGUGUGCGUCGGGAAGGACACGUGCCAGUGCAUCCAGUCGCCGUCGAUUCUGCAUCAAAAGUACUCGGCCGCACCCCGGGGCAUGACGGGCUGGGCCGGCUCGAGCUGCUCCAUGGCCAUAUGUGUGCAAGGCUUCUUCGACGCCAACUGCUUCGAUCAAGACCCCGUCGGCCGCGAGGGGUGCUACCGCUGCGCCAACGGCGGCCAGUGCGUCGCGCCCGAUCUCUGCGCCUGCGCCGAAGGCUGGACGGGCUACGACUGCAAGACGCCAGUGUGCAAGGUCCAGGUGACACCGGCGAUCCGUAAGCAGCUCUUUACGCUCGAUGAAAACAAGGUCUACGCGUUUGAGAACGACCCGUGUGGCAUGAAGGGCGGCCGGUGGGGUCAGGAGAUGUACAACGGUGCGCUCCUGGGCCAAGGCAACUGCACGCUGCCGCAGCGCUGCACGUGCCUCUGCAAACUGCGGUACGACGAGCCGACGUGUACAAAGACUGGCGAGCUCUGCACCAAGCCGUGGUCCGACCCGUUCAGCCGAGCGAUUCCAUCCGGGUAUCUCUUUGGGACAAGAAAGUGUGCGAGUGGGUUCGAGGGCCUUGAAGACGACCACCAUCGCUUCGUGAGCUGCCACCUUCAGAUUUACGAGCCGACGACGUGGGAGCGCUACACCGGCUCCUUUGUGGCGCUCAUCACGCUGGCGAUCCUCAUUGGCUGGUCCGCUUUCUAUUGCUUUCGGAAGCGCGUCAAGGACUUCCAACGCAAGCUCAAGGCCGAGCGCCGCAAGUCCCGACGCGACAGCCAAGACAAGCCACUCAAGGCCGACUUUGCGUUUGGCUAUGGACAAUCCUAA